AUGGAGCCCACAACCGAGGGAGCACUUUACGGCUUCGCUUUGACAUAUCUGAUUGCCAGCAUCACUGUUCUUGCACUUGGGGGCCAUCGAGGCUUCGAACUGGCAGCAAACGAGUGGCCCCGGGAUGUGCUGUAUGUGGCCAGCACCCUGCAAGGCCCGGAUUUCUUGCUGACAUUUAAGAAUUGGAAGGCGAAGCCCUUGUUCAGAUCCACUCGGACCCAUCCCACCACGGAGACCUCAGCCCAGGCAGCCCCUCAGACCUACGCUGAGUAUGCUAUCUCGGGACCUGCAGGAGGGGCUGGAGCCGCACCCCCCACCGGGCCAGAACCCCAGGCAGGAGAGACCCCCAACCAGGCUCCCAAACCAGGGGCAAAAUCCAACAGCAUCAUUGUGAGCCCCCGGCAGAGGGGCAACCCCGUACUGAAGUUUGUGCGCAACGUGCCCUGGGAAUUCGGUGACGUGGUUCCUGACUACGUGCUGGGUCAGAGCACCUGUGCCCUCUUCCUCAGCCUCCGCUACCACAACCUCCACCCGGACUACAUCCACGAGCGGCUGCAGACCCUGGGGAAGAGCUUCGCCCUGCGGGUCCUGCUCGUGCAGGUGGAUGUGAAAGAUCCCCAGCAGGCCCUCAAGGAGCUGGCUAAGAUGUGCAUCCUGGCAGACUGCACGCUGGUCCUUGCCUGGAGCCCCGAGGAGGCCGGGCGGUACCUGGAGACCUACAAGGCCUACGAGCAGAAGCCAGCAGACCUCCUGAUGGAGAAGUUGGAGCAGGACUUCGUCUCCCGGGUGACUGAAUGUCUGACCACUGUGAAGUCAGUCAACAAAACCGACAGUCAGACCCUCCUGACCACUUUUGGGUCUCUGGAACAGCUCAUAGCCGCAUCGAGGGAAGAUCUGGCCUUGUGCCCGGGCCUGGGGCCCCAGAAGGCCCGCAGGCUGUUUGAUGUCCUCCACGAGCCCUUCUUGAAAGUGCCCCGAUGACCUCAGCUGCCCAGGAGGCCCCCAGUGUAACAAUAAAGCAUUUUCCCGCCAGGC